GGCCUCGCCUCGCAGAGGGAAGGCGGGAGGGCGCGCGCCAGGGCCGCUAGUCUGCUCGCUCGCUCGCUCCCUCCCUCCGCUGGUGGGUUUAGUCAGUCAGCUAGUAGCAGCCCGCGGGCCAGCGAGCCGCAGAGCGCCCGAGCCUGGGACGCCGGCGCCUCCUUCUGCCAUUGUUCGUCUGGCUGUAGCAGCGAGGGGCGCGGGAGUUCGGCCCCGGAGCCACCGCAACAUCAUGACAACAGAGAAGAGUUUAGUGGCUGAAGCCGAAAACUCACAGCACCAACAGAAGGAAGAGGGCGAGGGAGCCAUAAACUCAGGCCAACAAGAACCUCAGCAGGAGGAAUCUUCUCAAACAGCAGCUGAAGGAGAUAAUCAGUGUGAACAGAAGCUGAAAGCUUCUAAUGGAGACACUCCUACACAUGAAGACUUGACCAAGAACAAGGAGCGGACAUCAGAAAGCAGAGGCCUUUCACGACUGUUCUCGUCGUUUCUUAAAAGGCCCAAAUCUCAGGUGUCCGAGGAAGAAGGCAAAGAAGUAGAGUCAGAUAAAGAAAAAGGUGAAGGAGGUCAGAAAGACAUAGAAUUUGGAACCAGUCUUGAUGAAGAGAUCAUUUUAAAGGCCCCAAUUGCAGCUCCUGAACCUGAACUCAAAACAGACCCAUCUUUGGAUCUUCAUUCAUUAAGCAGUGCCGAAACACAGCCUGCUCAGGAAGAACUCAGAGAAGAUACAGAUUCUGAAACUAAGGAAGGAGAAGGACUUGAAGAGUGCUCCAAAAUAGAAGUAAAAGAAGAAAGCCCUGAAUCAAAAGCAGAAAGAGAAUUUAAAGCUUCCCAGAAAUCAAUCAGAAAACACAGGAACAUGCAUUGCAAGGUUUCUUUGUUGGAUGACACAGUUUAUGAAUGUGUUGUGGAGAAACAUGCUAAGGGACAAGAUUUGCUUAAACGAGUAUGUGAGCAUCUCAAUCUUUUGGAAGAAGACUAUUUUGGUCUAGCCAUUUGGGAUAACACAACCUCUAAGACAUGGCUGGAUUCCGCCAAAGAAAUAAAAAAGCAGGUUCGUGGUAUCCCUUGGAAUUUUACAUUUAAUGUGAAGUUUUAUCCACCUGAUCCAGCACAGUUAACAGAAGACAUAACGAGAUAUUAUUUAUGUCUUCAGCUUCGGCAGGACAUAGUUGCAGGACGUCUGCCCUGUUCCUUUGCAACCUUAGCAUUGUUAGGUUCUUACACCAUCCAGUCUGAACUGGGAGACUACGACCCAGAACUCCAUGGCAUGGAUUAUGUUAGUGAUUUUAAACUGGCCCCGAAUCAGACCAAGGAACUUGAAGAGAAGGUCAUGGAACUGCAUAAGUCAUACAGGUCCAUGACUCCAGCACAGGCUGACUUGGAAUUUCUUGAGAAUGCCAAAAAGUUGUCUAUGUAUGGGGUUGAUCUUCAUAAAGCAAAGGACUUGGAGGGAGUAGACAUCAUCCUAGGUGUCUGCUCUAGUGGCCUCCUGGUUUACAAAGAUAAGCUGAGAAUUAACCGCUUCCCUUGGCCCAAAGUGCUAAAGAUUUCUUAUAAACGUAGCAGCUUUUUCAUCAAGAUUCGGCCUGGAGAGCAAGAACAGUAUGAAAGUACCAUCGGAUUCAAACUUCCCAGUUACCGAGCAGCUAAGAAAUUAUGGAAAGUCUGUGUAGAACAUCACACGUUUUUCAGAUUGACAUCUACAGAUACCAUUCCCAAAAGCAAAUUUCUUGCACUGGGAUCCAAAUUUCGAUAUAGUGGCCGGACUCAAGCUCAGACCAGGCAAGCUAGUGCUCUAAUUGACAGGCCUGCCCCACACUUUGAGCGUACAGCAAGUAAACGGGCAUCCCGGAGCCUUGAUGGAGCAGCAGCUGCCGAUUCGGCAGACCGAAGUCCUCGGCCCACUUCUGCACCCGCCAUUGCUCAGAGUCAGGUUGCAGAAGGAGGCGUCCCAGGUGCCUCCGCUAAAAAAACAGGGGUACCUAAAGCACAGAAGGAAACAGUGAAGGCUGAAGUGAAAAAGGAAGAAGAGCCACCCGAGCAAGCUGAGCCAGAGCCCACAGAAGCAUGGAAGGUGGAAAAAUCCCACAUCGAGGUGACAGUACCCACCUCAAAUGGUGACCAAACAGAGAAGCUUGCAGAAAAAACUGAAGAUCUGAUAAGAAUGAGGAAGAAAAAAAGAGAAAGACUAGAUGGUGAAAACAUUUAUAUCAGACAUAGCAAUUUAAUGUUGGAGGAUUUAGACAAGAGUCAAGAGGAGAUCAAAAAACACCAUGCCAGCAUCAGUGAGCUGAAAAAGAACUUCAUGGAGUCUGUACCAGAACCACGGCCUAGUGAAUGGGAUAAACGCUUAUCCACUCACUCCCCCUUCCGAACUCUUAACAUCAAUGGACAAAUCCCCACAGGAGAAGGAGUGAAGAAAACUUCUAUCCUUCCCUCGGAAAGAAAGGUUGGUGGGCCAGAGUCCCCUGGCUACUUUCUCCCUGAUACAUAUCACUUAGGGGUGUGCAAAGAACCGGUGUUGAACUUCCAAACUGAUCAGAGAAGGCUAACUCAACUGAGAGAACUUAGAGCCAAGUUUUUCCUUUCAUAGAUAACAUCUGCCUUGACUAUGGAUAGCAGAGUACAGAAAUUGCAGGAGGAAGAAAAGCUUCUCAAUUGGACAAUUGUGGGGGGGGGGGCUUUCCUUAAAAGUAUCAUUAUUAUUUAUUUGUUUUGGUGAACCUUGGAGGCACAUUAUAAACUUUUAUACCUUGUUUUUCUUUUGCAGUCUUUAAAAAUGUGUAAGAUUAAGAUUUUUAUUUCUUGAGCAAAAACUAAUUACUAUACUGAAUGAACUGUUGCCAUUUUUAAAGCCUACGAAGAGAUAUGAGGAUUACUUUUUAUAUUCUGCCAUUCUAUUUGUAAUAAAAGUAACUUUUAUGAUGGCAAGAAGAAUGCUUCAUUAUUGGCAUUGCCUGAUUAGUGAUUGGCAGCACCAAGGUAAUAGAAAAUGACCUAAAAUUAAUAUGUGAAUAUCCUCAAAGGAAGAAUAAAUAAUAUAACUAGGGGAAAACCAGUGAUUCCUUGAACUUUCAGUUCUAAUGUUCAUUCACUCAUAAAGGUAUCUAUUGAGCACCCUACUAUGUCUCAGAAACUUUGCCAAGAUAAAUUGCCAAAAUAAAGUAAAGCUAAAGUAGUGUCUAGAUCUUUCCAAAUCCUUUGCACAUCCCCAAGUAUCAUUUUUGAGCAUUUUCCAUCUGUCAUUUUGUUCAUCUUAUUCUGUCUUUCUUGAUCUUCUACCGUGAAAGCAGACACAGGAACGUGCUCUGUUAGUACAGGAUGAAGAGAAAAUUAAAAGGCAAGAAAGAUCCACUGAAAGCGCCUUGCCCCAGCAAGAAAAUGAAGAAGUUCUUCCCAAGGUUUCUAUUCCAAUCCCUGAGGAUCACAAGUCUCUCAAAAAGUGCCACCUCUACUUUAGUACUUUUCCAUCUCCUCGUAUUCCUUUCAUGAUGUCUUUUCUUGUGGUCCUUGCAUUGGCUAUUUGGUGGUUGGUCUUUCUGUGAUCAGAAAACAGGGUGCUCAUCUGAAAUGUCAAGACCACUGAUUGAACGUUUGUCCUUGGCUUCAACUGUGUUAUUGCUGUAUGAUGCCCUCUGAUCUUGAUAGUUCACUGUCCUAGGGGAGCUCUUGUGAUCAUUUUUCCGUCAAAUGUUACACUUUGUAGAGUAUGUAUUAUGGGGUACAAAGGAGUAGCAAUGGACUGCCGAAAGCCAGCUUUUCUGCACUGAAGUUUAAUAAGUUUAAACAAAUCAGAAUUAAGCAUAUGGCAGGUUGGUAAUCUUCCCAAAAGCUUUAACUCUUUUAUCUUGCACGUUUACUGUUUACUAUUAUUAUGUCCUUCUAUCCAAUGUCUCACACAAACCAAGAUACUCUCUAGAUAUAUUUGAUGGAAUAUUUUCCUAAUCCUCUAUAGUAAUUUGUUUGGCAUGGGCUUCAUAGUUUAAGAAAAAAUUUCAACUUGCUAACCUUUCAGAAGCCUUAAAAUGAUAACGUUUUAAUCUACAAAUCCAUAACCACUCCUUUUCUUAGGAUAUCAAACCAGUAUAUACAAAAGUCUUUUCUGGAAAAGGGCUUUUGACUUCUGUGGCCUUUUUAUGAGUAUUCUGAGCUGUACAGGGACAGCCAACUUUAUCCUGCCUGAUAUAUAGAGCAGAUCUUCAAAGAUUACAUGCCAUCUUUUCACACGUAGAGUGUUGGUAUGGUUUAAGGAAAAUGGUGCUGGUGCCCCUUAGCCUCCAGGCAGGACUGAAAUUCUCAGACUACUCUACCUAUCUUUAAAAGUCCUGGAAUACAGAUUUACUCAAGAUCUGUACAUAAAUUCUUCUCUGAAUUAAGAUACUGUGUUACUUCUUUGUGGCUUUACUAGUUAUAUAACUAGCAGCAGUAUUUAGCUAUUGCUAAGCUUAAAAUAUAUAUUGAUAUACUUUGUUUUCCUGAUAUACUUCAGACCUGUUUGUUCUUGCACUUGUGUUGAAAUCAGUUGUUUUUAAUCAAUGGCUUUGUGAUCUAAAGUUCUGUUGUGACAAGUAUGUGUCCUCUGUUUGCAUGUUGACUUAUAAGAUUUAACCGAAGUAAAUGUGAGCACUUUCUCUCUUCAGGACACAAUUCACAUGCCUAACCUGUUAUUUUUUUACCUCGAUAUUGAUGAAACUUUGCAUGUAGCUUGAUUUUUAUGGCACUUGAAUGUACCAAUAUGGAUGAUUUGAUUAAUGUCUCAAAUAUUUGUUUUGAAAUCUGAGUUUAUAGGGUUAUCAAACUAAGAUUAUUAUACUUUAUUUUACUUCUCAAUGCUCUUCAGUUGAUGAAACUUCUCAACAAGACUUUUUGUUUUUGAGACGAUGGCCUCUUAGAGCA